AUGGAAGAGAAAAGUCAUAUCAGGACACCAUUGGUUUCCAGGUUACCAAAGUAUGGAACAAAACCUGCUGGAAAUAUGCUACAGACCAUCCCAAAUGGGACAGCUGUUAAUUUAUCAGGGAAUACUCGGAGCGUUGACAAAAGUUUUGGCAAGCACAAUGGCACUAUUCGUAUGUCUUCCUUCUCUUUUAACUGGCGAAAAUCAAAUAAAUACCAACUGGGUGAUCAGGUCAGCAGUGAAUCUGACUCUAGUCAUAAUUCCAAUGAACGGCUGACAGAUUCUGAAAAGUGCCCUCAGUCUGAAGGAGCAGUUGGUAAAGAAGUGCUCAGGGUGGGUUCAAGCAACACCUUGUCAAAACUAGCUAAGCAAAACAGCAUGUUUGUGUCACCUACCGAAGAAUUAAACCAAAAGGCUUUGCCUGGGCUGUCUACUUCUGCUAAGUACAGUAAAAGUUCCUUGUUAGGCAGAACUUCAUUUUCUGGACUUCAUGCUCCAAAAUCACACUUGAAUGGAAUUUGUGGGAACCGUUCAACUAUAGGCUUGCAGAGGAAUAGAGGUAAUUCUACUGCUACCAGGAGCAGCUCAGGGGAGAGUCUGGCAAAAUUGACUGACAAUGAUAAAUCUUGUGAAAAAAUGGUUAGGUCACAAAGCUUUUCACAUUCCAUUCAAAGCUCUAUCUUGCCCCCUGCAACCCUAACUAGGUCACACUCUUUUAACAGAGCUGUGGAUCUUACAAGGCCUUAUCAAAACCAACACUUAACUAUUAGAGCAUCUCAGAGGUCAAAUCUAUUGUCAAGAAGUGCACGGCAGUUGGAUAUGCCCAAUGGCAAUGAACCAUUAAGAUAUGGGUUUUCUAGAUCAUAUGCUGCUUUAGCUCCCCCUGGUUUGAAAAAACAACCACUAUCCAAUGGCUCUGGGGAUGCACCUUCUCUCAGAUUUAGAACAGCCCGUCCAUCUUUAUUGAAGCCUAGCAACCAACAUUUGGGGAGAAAGAUCCCUGUGGAUGGCAGCACAAGUAAAGAUACCGAAAACUGCACAGAGGAGGACUUGAUCUCAACAAAUAGCAAUGGAGGAGUUGAUGCAAAAGGAAUGCAAAACAGUGAAAGAACUGAAGAUGGAGAAACUGUACAUAAUAAUGUAGAUAAAAUUAUUAGCAUGGAUGGUGAUGUUGAUGAAAUAUCUAUAUCUUCCUUGUCCUCUUCUGAGAAAAAUGAUCUGAGUGAAGACUUUAGUGAUGACUUCAUAGAUCUAGAAGAUCCCAACCGACCAAUAACAAUUCAAGAAGAAGUGGUUUCUGUUCAAGAGCUGGAGCACGGCAAUGGAAUACCUCUAGAUCAGAUUUUGUCUCUUAAGAAAAGUGAAAGAUCCAACUGUAAUUCUGAUGAAUGGCUGAAUAUACGUGUGUCUGGUAAAUAUGUUAUGUUUUUUCUUUCAAAAUGGGAACCUAAGCUCUUACAGUAUUGCCGCUACUAUUUUGUCACCUAAUAGCAUGCAUUAAAUUUUUUGGUUAGAUUAUAAAUAACAAAUAUGUGAAGAAGUCUACCAAUAGGUUUUAUUGAUUGUUCAAAAUUUUAUUAGUUUUUCUAUGUAUGUUUAAAGAAUAGGAUACAUGCACAGCCAGUUUUAGAGGAAACAACAAGUUAUUUCUUGGACUUGGGUGCUCUGGAGGAAGUUUUACCCAGUGUGUUUUGUCCACAAACACAUUAUUAACUAGUUCUAUAUACAGUGACACUAAGAAACUUGGCUCUAUUACAAAACUAUUUUUAAUUGUCCUAAUAGUACCACCAAGCAGCUAAUUUGUACGUCUCCUCAAACAAGGUAACUAUGAAGCUGUUCUACCAUUGAUUUCUGUUCAUCUUCCUGGAUUCUUAGUGCCAUCAUGCUAGUGGACAGUGUGCAGAUGCAAAUUCUAUGUUAAAAUAAUGUGCUUGAUCUAGCCAAAUUUGAGCAUAGUUUAAGUCCUCUUUAAUUUGAUGGAAAAGUUAAAAGCAAAUGCCUAACUUGUACCUACUGACGUCUAUGGAGUUUAUUAGUGCUUUAAACUGUGACAUAGUACUCAGUACUUUUAUAAGAAGCGGUUUAAGUGUGACAGUCUAACAUUUGUGGCAGAAGAAACUAUGGCAAGCUAUCAUUAUUAUUUAUUUAUUUGAUUUAUAUACCACCCUUUAUCAGUUAUGUUUGUUCUGGAAGGGCUAAUUUUAGAAAGUUAAAGUCUUGCCUCAUGUUCUCUUAGCCAUGUUUUGCACCAAAAGAAAAAUAGUUUAUACUAUAAAACACUGUCAAACUAUGAGUUGAGCUGUGAUCCUAAGCAUGUACACAUAGAAAUAAAUUAAUAUCAGUAGGUUUGGGCAUGUUUGCUUUAUAAAUUGAACAAUUUCUUAGAAAGUGUUGACAGAUGGAAUGCUUGUAGUUGUUAUCAGAAUAUAAGAGGUAAUCUGUAUCUUUAUUCCAACAACAGCAAGGGUCAAGAUUCAAGGACAGAGUCCUGUUUCUUCUCUUUGGUUGAAAUUUGAAAAGGGGAGACAAUUGACUUCUGCUUACUCCAAUGGAACAUAUAAAAUGUUUGCAACAUGAGGUUCCAUCUAGUCUGAGAGGAGGUUCUGAACAACAGAACAGUAUUUUGCCAAUUCUUACUGGAGCUCAUGAAUAGGUCCACUUUCUCAGCAUCCAAUGUUAAUACUGUGUUUUAAUUGUUGUAACCCAUUCUGAAAUAUUGGGGUGAAGGUUAAUGAAAAUAAAAAUAGUAAUUAUUAAUAAUAUCAACAGGAAAGAACUAUGUAGCUAAGUUAAGUUACAAAGUAUUGUGAGCUUGCCAUUCUUGAAUAUGUUUGUAACAUUGCUGGCCAACCUGUUUUACAAUAUUUACUUUUCAGAAAUAGUACAGAGAGAGAAGGCAUGUGGGUGGUGCUGUGGUCUAAACCAUAGAGCCUAGGGCUUGCUGAUCAGAAGGCCGGCGGUUCGAAUCCCCACAAUGGGGUGAGCUCCCGUUGCUCGGUCCCUGCUCCUGCCAACCUAGCAGAUCGAAAGCACAUCAAAGUGCAAGUAGAUAAAUAGGUACUGCUCCGGCGGGAAGGUAAACAGCAUUUCUGUGCGCUGCUCUGGUUCGCCAGAAGUGGCUUAGUCAUGCUGGCCACAUGACCUGGAAGCUGUACGCUGGCUCCCUCGGCCAGUAAAGCGAGAUGAGCACUGCAACCCCAGAGUUGCCCGCGACUGGACCUAAUGGUCAGGGGUCCCUUUACCUUUACAGAGAGAGAAACUGAGGCAACUCUUGAUAACUGCAUGUAGGUAAUGCAGCAUGUAAAUUGCAAAUUUUGAGAGUUUGUGUAUAAUGUUAACUUCUUGCUUUUGCUUUUAUUUAAAUAGUAGAUGACAAGAGUGAAAGUGCAAAACAUCCUGCUGGGAGCAAUGUGAUUUCCUCUGACAUGGACUACAGAGCUGGCUCUUCCUUUGAGCUUUCUCCAUCUGAUAGCUCCGAUGGAACCUAUAUGUGGGAUGAAGAAGGGUUGGAGCCCAUUGGAAGUGUCCAUCCAUGUGGAAGUUAUGAUUCUUCAGAAAUGAAUAGUAUAGUAAGUAUAACUUGUUUAUUAUUAUUGGGAUAGUAUUCAAAAGCAGUUAACUUUCUGCAAGGCUCACAAUAGCCUAGUUCACCUGCAACCUUAAAUUAUAGUCUUAAAACAAGACUGCUUUAACAAAGAUGAAUGCUUUGCUGCUCCCCUGUUCCUAGUUUGACAUUAUGCGCAACCUGAGCUUGUGCUGAUUUGAUAGAUCUUGGUUUCUGUUCUUCGUUUGGGUUUGCACAUGAUGAACCAAGCUUUGGCUUGUUUAGUCUCCCAGUGACACAAGGGGUAAAAUGCUUGUGUUUAUUUAAAUAGAGUUUAACUUAAAGGGAGUAUGGCAUCCUUUGUAAAUAGGCAACACACUUCUGAUGCAGGUGAAAUGAGACCAUUGCAAUAUUUUGUAUUAUGCUCAAACGCCAAGUCUUCCAAUAUCACAUUUAUCACAAUUCCAAAAUCACAAUUAUAUUUGAGGACAGUGACUUUUUUCUCUUUCUUCUGACUAUCUGCUUUAAAUCGUGAAAUGAUGUAGAAACAAGUUCUUGCUUGCAAUUUGAUACAGUAAGCCUGCAACUUGUGUGCUUUUAACAAAUGUGCAUUCAGAUUUAUGGGUGAGACAAUUUUUUUAAAAAAGGAUGGUUGGGGUUCCUGGAAAAAUGACUUUGGUAAUCCCACCCUCCAUUGAACCCAAUGUUUUAACUACAUGCAAUUUUGCUGGAAUUCAGUUUUUAAAGUCAUAACCAAUUGAACAGUAGCAUGUUAAUUUAAAAUCUGGAAUUGUAGAUUGGAAAUAGUUGAAAUCAGAGCUGCAGGUUUUCAUUAUUAUUACUAUAUAUUUAUACCCCAUCUUUUUCCCUGGUAGGCCUCAAGGUAGUUUAGUCACCUGAAGUAUGUGCUCAUAAAUGUAGCAAAGUAAUAUAUGAUGCAGAGAAUAUUUUGUAUUUUCAUGAAUGGUUGUCUGCAUUUAACAAACUCUUCAACUAGUGUCCUCACUUAUGUGAACAUGAAACAGAAAUAAAAGCUUUUGGUCAGAACAGGUAUUGUAGAAUUAUUUCCAUUAAGAAACACUUGCCACAGUAGCAGUUGCUUCUGUUGUUGGGAUAGGUAGAAUCUGGUAUUGGGUUUAGAAUUGAGGGAGAAUAAACUUUUUAAAUAGCCCUUAUUGCUGCAAGGAUAUGCUGAAAUAUGUGUGGGCAAUGCCAGCUGAUAUUUCAGAAGCUGAAGAAAUGCUAAAAUUUCCCAUGCCUGGAGGUGGGCUUCAUAGUCUGGAGAGCAGAAUGGCUUUACAUAAUCCAGAAAAUGUGCUUUUGUUCAUUUUGGAUAACUUACAUAGGGUGCUGAAUUUGGAUUGCCUAGGUUGAGAAUUGUAAUUUAGUGAAAAAGUAAAUGCAACAAUAGCUCUUCUAAAGCAGGGUUCUGAGAUCCUGCUGUGAAAAAUUUCACAACUUCCAAUUGCUUCCUGCAUUUGCUUUUUAGUGGUUAUCUCCUUGCAUUCUGUGGUUACAGCUGCUGCAUAAGGCAGUGCUUGUUUCCUCUUACCACAGGAGAGCUACUAGCUGCAAUUGAAUGAUCUGCUUGAAGUUGCAGAUGGGCUGUGUUCUAGCUGCCUUUGACUAUUCAUCAAAGAAAAUAUUUAAAACAAAACUGGCAAUGAUGAUACCUGGUGAAAAGUGAAAAGUAUCUUGCAACAUUAAUAUACCGUAUUUUUCGCCCUAUAGGAUGCACUUUUCCCCCUCCAAAAAUGAAGGGGAAAUGUGUGUGCGUCCUAUGAGGUGAAUGCAGGCUUUCGCUGAAGCCUGGAGAGCGAGAGGGGUCGGUGCGCACAGACUCCUCUCGCUCUCCAGGCUUCAGGAAGCUAUCCGCAAGCCUGGGGAGACCGGCACGACUUCCCGCUGGUCUCCCCAGGCUUGCGGAUAGCAGCCUGUUCUGGGGGCUGGGGUUGGGGGAAGCUCGGGCUUCCCCCGCCCCAGCCCCGUGCCUGGGGGGGAAAUAAUUUUUUUUCUUUAUUCUCCCCCCCCCAAACUAGGUGCGCCCUAUGGGCCGGUGCGCCCCAUGGGGCGAAAAAUACAGUAAUUCAUUUCACUAAGCCACAUUGUUAAACUCUGAUUUAGAUUACUUAUAAAGACUGCUAGAUGCGUUGCCUGUAUGAAUUCUUUUGAUUUUUUCAGAGGGACAAAUUCUGGAUAAAGAUCUUUCAAAUAUAAUGAUGUAGGGGGAAAAUAUUCUGUACUUGAAGACAGACAGAAAGAAAUUAAUUUUCUCUAUAAGCCCCCUGUCCUUCUUUUAGCAGUGCUUUCACUUUUUCUUUUCUAAGAGUCUAACUGUCUCCCAGUCUGUCUUGCUCCUGCUGCUGCUUUACUUAAAGAAAUCUGAAAUCAUCUUUAUAUUUUUAGCACUAUAAAUAUAUGUGUAACCUGCUCUGAACUCUGAAGAUCAGGCAGGAGAGAAAUUCAGAUAAAUGUACCUUCAAGAUUUGUUUGAUAGUCAUUAUGCCUAAAAUAUAUUUCACUUUGAAAGUAUGUAUUGAAAUUCUCAAGUCUAGCAAGAUUAGUUUGGUUUCCCAGGCAACUGGAGGUCUUUAUUUGGCUAACCACAACUACAUUUCUGUAAGGCUGAGUAAAAUUCCUAGAGCUCUUGUUCAGCUGAAACUCCCUCUUGUAGAGAUCAAAGAGAAUAAAUCUAUUGCUUAAGUAUUUAUCUCCUUCAAGAGUGUAUCUUUUUCUUUUUGUGAAACCUGUAGAUUUUUGUAGUAAAACCACAAUCACUGACUCUUGUUCAUAGUAUGAAAUAUAAAUGGGUUUGGAAGGGGUUACAGUUUGAGUUGGAAGUUUCAUGUAAGAAGCAAUAGCCUAUGUAAUGUUACCUGAAGCUGUGCUUAGUUGUCUGAUGCUUGUAAAUAUCUGUAAUCAAAAUGUGUUAAACUGCAUGAAAAAAUGCAGGCAUUUAAUCAUAGAUUUGGAACGGAUCAUGGAGUUCAUUUAGUCCAACCUCUUGCCCCGUGCAGGAUCUUCAAUACAGCUAUUGCACCCCUGAUAGACGGUUGUCCAGCCUUUGCUUAAAUAUCUUCAUUAAAGUAGAGCCCACCCCCUCCUGAGGUAGCUCUUACAUUGUCAAACAGCUCUUACUGUUAGGAAGUUUCUCUAAUGGUCCUGUUUACACUCUGGUGCUGCUUGCCACCUCCCCAAAGGCAACAGGUUGGCCACUAGGAGAACGAGAUGCUGGACUAGGUGGGCCUUCCACCUGAUCAAGCAAGGCUCUUUUUACAUUAUUUAGCUGAAACCUGGUUUCCAUUUCCACAUCUUAGUUCUAGUCUUGUCCUAGAGAGUAACAGAGAGCUAGCCAGCUCUGCCUUCUGCAUGACAAUAUCACCAUCCUGUUUCUCUCCAGCUAAACAUAUCCAGCUGUUCCUCAUGUGAUUUUGUUUCUAGAUUCUUCACCAUCCUGGUCACCUUCCUCUGGACAUGCUGCAGAUUGUCAGUGUCCUACUUAAAAGGCAGUGUCCAGAGCUGAGCAUAGUACUUCAGAUCUGGUCUGCUUAGCAGCGAAUAGUGUGUGUUUCUGUCAAUGCUGCCGGAGAUUGCAUUUAGGAUUUUACUAACCUCUUUGAACUGCUAGUUCAGCUUUAUCUUGUGACUAAUUUAGACAAAUAUUUUCAAAGUACUGCUGUAAAGCUAGGUUUAUUCCCUUCCUAUAUUUGUGUAUUUGAUUCUUGGUACCUAAAUGCAGGAUUUUAUUUUUAUCUCUGCUGAAUUUUUAUCAUGUUGGUUUGGGUCCAUUGUUCCAACCAAGAUAAAUGCAAGCUGCGUAUUUGAUAAGCUUCCCCUCUACUUUGACCAAGUCAUUUGUAAAAAUGUUGAACAGCAUAGUGCCUAAGGCAGAGCCCUAUGCCAUUCCGAUGAAAGCCUUCCUUGAGCUUGAUAAAGUCAUUAAUGAGCACCCACUGGGUACAGUUGUUCAACCAGCUGUGGAUCUACCCAAGACUUGUAUCAUCUAACCCAUAUUUUACCAGCUUGUCAACAAGGAUAUUGUGCAAAUUUUGUAAUGUUGGUAGCUGUUUUAGAGUACAUUAGUCAUUUUAUGAGAUAGUAUCUCUCUCCAUUUGAAGAAUCCCUUAAAAAUAAACAUAUAAUCUAACUCUCUCUGUAAAGUCGGUUGAAUUCUCUGUGGUGCUGAAUAUCUAGUGCACUUCUUGGUAACUUCAUGAAUGGAGGCUAGAUGGCAGUAUAAGAGCAUAAGCUGAUGGUUUAAACAACCUUCGAAUCAUGUCAGGUGGACAGCUUCCAUGGUGCCUCCUUUAUUCUUUAUGUAAUUGAAUAUAAAAAUACAGUAUUAAAUGCAAAUAUCUGCAGCUGUGAAUGUAUCUACUUUCAUUUGCCAUAGUGAAAGUGUCUAUGCUAUACAUAUCUAAUUAUUUGCACAGCAGUUAGCAUGCUUGCCAUAGCUUUCCAAUGAGUAAAAUAUUGAAAAACUUACCAGGUACAAAGUAUCAUUAGUAUGGUGUUAGUUCCACUUAAAUGACCCUGCCUAUAUUUUAUAUCUGGUGAUAGUAACUCUUUGCUGCUAUUGCACUAUUUUAAAGGUCUUUAUUUUAUUUUAUUUUAUUUUAUUUUAUUUAUUUAAAACAGUUCUGCCCUGCCAGCCCACUGAAAGGACUUCACUAAUUUAGUUUUGCUUUUCAUACCAUGAAAUUUAAUCAUGUAAAUUUACUAUGUGUUCUUUGCUUGACUUUGUGAAUUUACAUAUUUAAAUAUUUGCUCUGCAUAUUUUGCUCCCAUUGUAUAUAACAAAUUUGCAUUUUCAGUACCUUUGUUUUCCAUUUAAUUUAGAAGUAGAGAAUACUUCCCAUAAUGCAAAUUUUAAUACUUCUAUAUUAGCAGAUUAUUAAGUGUUUUGUAAUAAGCUGCUAGACUUUGCAUAAGCAAAUGUAUUGGUAGUAUUAAUAUUUUUUAAAAUGCAGCUCAAAGGAACUUAAAAUUUAAUAUUUCCUUUCUGUGAUCUUGCUGUGAAGCAAGUUUUGGUUUUGCUGAUGUCCUAAACUAGAUCAUGUUCAUGUUUCUGUUCCCAGCUUUCUGGGUUCAAUUCAGCUAAGGUUUUGAAUAGGUGGAGCAAGGUUUGCUAAUGCAAUGGGACUUUCUCCCCUCUCCCUGUGUGCUCCUUACACUCCCUAAAACUCUUCUGCCCUCCCCCCCCCCCCAUUUAGGUGGUGUGGGGUUACACAAGGGGUGGAAAGGAAGUCCUGUUGUAGAAGCAGACUUCAUUUUGCUCUUACAUACCCCCCUUAACACUGUCUGGAUCUAGACACAUCAAAGAAGUAUUUCAGUUUAAAGCAUUGUAAAUUUGAACAGGGAAAACAGGUAGAGAAAAAUGGGACACUACAUUGCCAUCUGGUGGCACCAUGUUGUAUCACAUAUGCAACACAUAUAAAUUGCUUUUUCUUUACCAGUCUAGCUGAGUCCACUAUAUUGAACUCCACCUUAUGUAUCUAGUGUGUGUGUAUAUACGUAUGUGCUAUAGGUUUCCUGAAUGUUGUUUGAAGAGACAAGUAUUAAAUUAAGUAUUUGGGGGUUAGGGUUGCUGCUGGGGGAGCAGAGAGUAUAUUUUGUGUCGCUGGUAGACUGUUGUGCAAUUUCUGGUUGACCACCUAACAGGUCCUAACACCUACUAGCAGCUGGGAUUUUCCAAAGAAUGCUGGACUAUGUAGGUAUUGAUUUUACCCACCAGCAAUGAAAUGGUACACACUCAGUACCACAUAACACAGAUUAGUUAUGCCUUAACUGUUGGGAGGGCAUACUUGUGGUCUUUUGUUUCAUAAUAUAAGAUGUAUCUUUGAACCAUGGUAAUUCUAGUCUAUUGUUGUUUUUAAAGAAAAUGCCAAGCAAGAUCUAAAGUCUGCCUGUCCCUGCCUUACAGGAUGUUAUCAAACUGUAGUUGUAUUCCUGGUAUAUUUUUGUGCAUUUCAGGAAAUGGGUGUGCUAUGAACUAAGUAUAUCCCUUAGUAGUGGUAGUAAAUGUGCAUUUUAAGUCAGUAAUGCUAAUGCUUUUUUAUGAUAAUCUAUGAGCAUGUUUGUCAUCUCAGUCUGUUCAUUAAACCUGGGCCUUAGAUAUUAUAAUACGUAAAACAAAGACAGCAUUGUAAGUGUUGUUUUCCAUUCUUCUCAUAGACGUUAUACACAGGAUGGCUGUCCUCAUUUUUCUUUUUUUUUAAUCUCCUCUAGUAUAUGGUAUGUAUGCAUUCAUUCUCGGAUUUGGUUUUAAGGAGCUUGAUUAUAUUACUCCGAAACCUUCAGAGAUGCUAACGAACGUUGUUUAAUCUUUUAGAUUAUCUAUAUUUUCAUUUUGAAUGUGGGACUGCUUUCCAGAUUUUUUCAGAGUAAUGGUGUUGGUUUGUUGCUGUUCAAAACCAAAACUUCUUUACCAGUAAGACACUUGUCUGUGUUUUGUUUCCAAACUUACCAAAGCUUGGUGGUUGCCUUUGGCAACAAAAUAAAAUAGAGAGUUGUAGAAGGCACGCCCUGCCACGCUGAGCAAAUAUGAGCCUAUAAAGAGAAAUGUGGGAGGAAUCAAAGUAGAUGAGAACCCUAGGAAUGAGUAAUACUGCUGCAGUUGGCACUGACCUACAUGUUUAAAUCUUACAAGCUAGUGAAAAGUAACCAUAUUGAUAGAAACCAUCCCAGUUCACACACUCCAUGCAGAACUAGUAUAAACACGUAGAGAUGGAGGUUGAGGUUUCAGUACACAUUCUGUGGGCAGAAACCAGUGGAAAGUUCUCCUUCACAAGUGUUUUUGAAAAUAACCAGGGAAGCUUUGUAAAAGCAUGCCUUUAAUUUUAAUUCCAUGUGUGCUAGUGACAUACCAUUUUAUCCGUAUGUUCUAAACAUGUAGAAUUUUUUUUGAACUUCCUGCACUCAUUCUUGUAGGAUGGGUGGGGAGAGUAAAAAGUUUCUUGAAGAAGUGGAAUCACAUUCUAGUGCAGAGGAUAGAAAUCUAAUGAGUUCUUUUAAUUUGUUUUAAAAAGGAGCAUGUACUAAUAUUUUUGAUAACACCAUUACAAGCAAUAUGAAUGCUUGUUAUUACAGAUGAAUUAUUAUUGUGCUUAGUUAUUGCCUUCACAUUUGUAUAGGCUAGCUAUCUUACACCUAAUAUCUGGCACAUGCGUAGCUACCAUGGAGAGCAAAUGUGUGCUAAAUCUCCCUAUUUUUUGGUGUUUGCAUCUAAAUGAAUUAAAUUUGUUAAAUUGGAAGAGACAUUUUUUUUGUCCAAAUAAAUUAUUCUUUAAUAUUUACUUCAGCAAAUACUUCAUGGAUGUUUUUGUUUUGAUUUUUUUUUUUUGCUUGCUUGCCUGAGUCAAUAAGAUGAUGGAGGGGUGGUGCCUUCAAAUGCUAAUAGUAGCACUUCUUUGUCACCAUGACAACAGGCAUACUGACCUAUGUGAUUGUUUAGUUGGCUUCAGGGAGACUGGAGAUGUUAAGGCAGUGUCAGUGGUUGCUGCUUCCUGAUUGGACAGCUAGUUGAUUAAGGUUAGAAGGACUCCCUGACUUACCACAUGGUUUCUAUGGUAGCUGCAAUAGUAAGCCUAAGUUGUGGAGCAUUUUUACACUUAAUCAUCUUCCUUUUUUCAUUCUUAAAGGUAUGAAUGCUAUUACAUUGUGUUAAUUGUGUUACCUGGGUAGGAGUUAAGUUGUGUGAUGUUCUAAGUCUGAUAGCUCAAAACAUAACAACAUAAAAUUCUAUAUAUCAGUUGCCCCCCUCCUUUUUGAGAAAGAGAGAAUAUCACUGUUGGGAUUGCUAGUCAAGCCUUACUUUUCUGUAACUUUCUGACUUGUUUCAGUAAUGGUUGUAAGGCAAUGGGGAGAACAAAACCUUGUCUGCCAAUCCUUCAUUUAUUUGAGUGCAGGAUAUCACUAAGCUUGACACUAUGGCAUGGCCAGUGAGCUUUGCCCAGAUGUGUCUAAGUUUAUAUUGUUCUCUAUCAUUUUGUUUCCCAUGUUGUUUCAAUUUCUUAAUUUUAAUGAGAUGAGGCAGCUAAAUAUCAGAAUUAAGUUAGGGUUGUUUUUUUUUACUGCAAGGUAUUUACUGAGAUACAGGGACUCUCAGUUUCUUUUGACAGAUAUAUUUGUGCUGUUUUUAACGACAGAGUAAUUUUCAGCUAAUAUUUUUCUAACGUAAUAGACUUAUUAAGAUUGAUAAAAUUAUAAGUUUACUCAGUAACUAUCUAUAUUUAAAAAUCACUUUCAAAACUAAAUUAUAUAGAGCAGGCAGGGGGAACCUCCACCUUGUAGGGAUCCUAAUUUUGUCCACAAGGUUCUCUUCCCUAAGUGAUGCCCACCUGCCCCACAUCUGCUAUCAUGUCAAAUGUGAGGCAGGUAAAGACUUGGCUACAAAGGAACAGUUGGAUGCCUUAAAGUACAGAUUGGCACUGACAGCAAUCCCCCUCUCCCUAGGAUCAACUGCAGUAGGCAGUUUCUGACCAGGAGCUCCUGAGGGCAACUGAUCCUUGCAAGCCCCACUUUCGGUAUAGAUCUUCCUUCGCAGCCUGGUGAUGGCAGGUGACUGACAGGUGGAGAGCUGCACCCACCUAUUAAAGGGGCCUGUGGGAUUGCUCAGUUCUAGCUGGCCUAGCUAUCCCUGAAGUUUCCCCUACCCUCUGCAUCUGGCAAUUUACAUCUGUAGAUGAAUCUGCUGUAGCCAUUGGAAUGAUUCUUCUGUCCCUCUGCAUGACUAACAUUGCAGUUGUUCAGGCAGGCAGGUCUAAUACCUUUCUAGCUUUGGUUUCUAAGCCUGUCUAUUUUUUAUGUGGAAGAUUCAGCACCAUAAAACUAGUGCAUUAUAAGAAAGGGAAGGGAAGCUAGUUCUCCUGGUACUUCCAGGAGCUUGAAAAGAUGACACACCUUGGCUUGGAGCAUGGUAAUUUCACUUUGGUGUUCUGAUGUGUGAGACAGUUGGAGAGUCAAUGAAAUGUUUAUUUCAAAAGGCACAUAGUUUAAACUGGAGAGACAGACACAAAUGUGCACAUCUUGUAGCAGGUAUUUUUUAUUUUCUUGUAGGAUAUUUUGAAUAAUCUUGAUUCAUGCGAUCUUGAAGAUGAUGAUCUUAUGCUCGAUGUUGACUUACCUGAAGACGCACCCUGUGAUAAUGGUUAGUGAAAUAAUUUGAAUAUGUUUAAAUGCUUUAUUGCAACUUCCCUUACCCUGGUUACUUUGGUUGCCCAUCUCUCUUUCCUUGCCAACUAUGACUGUCAUUUCCUGAACUUGGGAAACAUCCACAGAGGUACCAUCAGCAACACUGAGCCCUGUGUUCAGCUUCAUGUCUUUAUUCAGGGGAAAUUGCUGCUCCUACUACUGUAAUACAGCUUCUAAAGCAUCCUAUUCUGAAAACAGCAUUUCCUUAAAACCUUUUUCAAACAGUUUAUGAGCACUAAUUUUACUUUGUGUCAUGGCUUUCAGCUUUCAAAGUACUUUUAAGGAGAAUUCUUGAUGUGUUUUGUAUUGCAUUCUGUAUGAGAGAUUUUUAAAUAAUCACAUACUUUUUUUGUGUAAAAGCCCAGCCAGAGUGUAAAAGUAUUUUAUACAAAUACUUUUGGCUGUCUUAGGAUUAAGUUGUGAAAGCUGUUACAUGUAGACGGAGUUCUAAUAUCUGUUGAAGAAUAGCUUUUAAUAUAUGAUUGUGCUGAAUGUUUUAAUGCACCUUACUUUAUACUUGUUAGAUUCCUCAUAAAAAGUUUAUUAAAUAAGUUUGUUAGAAUAGUUCAUAGGGCUGUAUUUUACUUGUUACAUUUUGGAGUCUGUGAGGGAACUUGCACUCUAUUUAUAGCAGCCGUUCUAGUGCAGCAAGUAUGUUCUCAGUGAGCAAGGCGGUAGUUCUAAAUCACAGGGUCAAAUUGGGCUCAUUUCCCAACAAUACGCAAGCAGGGAAUGAGCAGGAAGGAAGGCCUGUUUACCACGGUCUUAUGCAAAACUAUGUCUGAGUAGGCAGUAGAAUAAGACUGCUCAGUUUUAUGAAAAGCUUCUCGUAGCCGAGGCCUGACAAUGUGAAGAGAAAGUGUCUGGGUAAGUAAAAAGACUUAAGGGUUUCUUGAAACUUUUCCUUCCUGGCAGUAUUUUCCAUUAUUAUUUUUUACUUGGCUUUUAAUAGCUUGUAAGUAGCUGCCAGUCGUAGCUUUCACUGACUAAUCUGUUGUUGUUGUUGUUGCUCGUGCAAACUGAGAGAUCUCUGAAAUCUCAUUUUCAUUAUAUGUGAUAGAAUGUAUAUGUUAAAACUUUUUUGUAUUUAAAAAAGCUUUCUGUUUAAAUAUUCAUAUAUCUAUCUUGCCAUAAAAUGAAAUGCUGUUUCUGUUGCUUUUAAAGGUUGCUCUUAAAUCUUAGGAUUCUGAUGGCAAGGGAAUUUCUCAUUACAACAGAAAAUACUACUGAAUUCUGUCGGCACCAGUUUUAAGUUUUGAUUACUUCUUGUCCUUUGUGAUUGAAGCAAUAAGUUUCUUAACUGAAGUAGUAAUGUGACCUUGUGGAUGCAGUUAUUUAAAACAUAUGUAUCCUGCCUUUUGCUGUUGAACUGAUGAACAACAGUAAUUAAAGCCUCAUCACAGUUUUAUACAAAUAAUUAAAAGCACCAAGUUAGCAGCAGUAGCAGUUGAUAACACAAAUUUGUUGUACAUCAGUUCCUGUACUUAUUUCUGUACAUCAUUGUAAAUCAGUAAUGAGUUCUAUCUGGCAGCCACUUUGCAUUUCUGGGUGAUCAUAUUUCCAUUUAGAUGAAUAUUGAAAUAGUUUCUAUUAUCUAUGUAGUGGAUUGUGAAAAUAUGAAUCGUUAUGAGCGGCCAGAAAGAAAUAUUCGACAGCAGAAGGAGGGGUUGUGGAAGAGGACACCACAACGAUGGAAUGCCCAAGACCAUUAUCAUCUUGGUCAUACUGACCAUUGUUCCCAUAGUAGAAAUGAUCUGAACAGGUAAGGCCCUUACUUUUCACUCUUUUUUUUUUGUUAAAACUAUAUGUAAUAAAAGAAAAUUAUUAUAAAUUAGUUUGGAGAUGGUAUUGAAUUUAACACCAGUCAGAUUUAAUCAAAUAAACAAGGAUUAUUCGGUGUUAUGUUGGAGGGGAUGCAAGGAAACAGGAUUAUGUUCACAUGUGGUGGGGAUGUAAAUAUGUACAACUUCUUUGGCAAAGGGUGUUUAAGGAGAUAACAGAAAUCAUUUGGUUAAAGCUGACUGAAAGUACUUAGUGCUUGUAGUCUACAGUUUAUAUUGUAGAAAAGGCUACUUUUUCUUGCAUAUACUGUACAUGUGCUGUCGAAAAACAAAGGUAUCCUUUUUUCUUCAAGACUAUUUGAGCCCUAUGCAUAAUUGAUUGAUUUAAGGAUGGAGUGAUAGCUGUAGUAAUAUUUGAUUGGUAUUAAAGAUUUCAGAAUGUGUCUCUUACUGAAGUACAUAAUAAGAUUGUCUAUUGAAACAUUUCUAAAACACGUUUCAGGAGCUGCAACUAUUUUGACUCUCCUCCUGUUGGCCACCUUGAAGGAUAUGGAGCACCAAGCUUGUACCCACCUCUGAGAAGUUUGCCGGCAAACACUGUGAUGCUGGAUGAAAUGACCCUUCGGCAUAUGGUUCAAGACUGCACAUCUGUGAAAACUCAGUUAUUAAAAUUGAAAAGAAUAUUUAAUCAGGUUAGCACGUUUUUAACAACAUGGGAAUUGAAGGGACACUUGUCACUAGUUUGUGUUACGGUACUUGAUGCUAAUAAGUGUGUGUGUGUACAUACAUGCCACUAUACCAGCUGACCUAACCCUCCUUUGAUUCUAGUCUUUAUUAUCAAGUAAAACACUAGGGUGGCUUGGUGUUGUUUUUUUAAAAAAUAGCAAGCAAUCGUAUUUCAUUUGAAUUAAAUUGCUUGAUUUGUAAUCAGUGUUAGAAACUGAAAUAUGAAAGCUAGGAGCUAAAUGGCACCUUAAACCUAGGUUAUGGGCACAACAACGGAAUGUCUACGCACACUUUUUUUAUAACAAGAAUACAUAGCUGAAAAUGCAGCUAAAACAAUACGUUCAUUUUUCACAUAGUCUAGUCCUUCCCCUGCCCACCCCUCUACAAUUCUUAAGAGGGUCUCAUUUCCAGUCUUCAGAGAGUAGCUGGAAGUGGGGAGGCAGAAAAGAUCCUCCUUUUCUUCUACUCUGCAGUUUUAACCUGAAAUCUUAAGCGCAGUACUGUGCCCAGUGCUCAGAAACUGCUUGUGCUAAUGAAAUUCCCUGUUGCCAAUGAGCCUAGAACAAUUGGAGUUUCGAACACUGUUUGUGCUCAAACCCAUAGAAGUGAAGCAAAAUCUUUUAGAAUGCCCUAUGUCACUGAAGGUCACUUCAUAAGUUCCCCUUCAUGCAAGGGGGAGCAGAAGUACAUGUUUUGCCAAAUGUGUGAUGUGGUUCUGUCAUGGGGAGGAAAUAAACCUGUGUACAGGGGGUUAGAUUAGAUGUGAGGAACUGGAACCUUCGGGCUUCCAGAUGUUGCUGAACUGUGACCCUCAUCAUCCCUGGCUAUUGCCUAUGUUUUCUGGAGCUGAUGGGAUGGGAGUUAUAGUUCAACAUCUGGAGGGCCAAGGGUUCCCUACACUUGCUUUAGAUGAAAUAAUGGUUGUGAAUGUUCUAACACUUCUCAACCAGAUUUGUAGUGCUCAUAUUUCUAUGGUGUUAAUUCACAUGUGUAUGGAUUGUUUUUCUUCUGCAUAAUAAUUCAAAAAAGAAAAAGGUGUGAUUGUUAGAGAGACUUGCAUACAUAGAUUUAUUGAUCGGAUCAUACAAAGCUUUAGUCAAAGAACUGAAAAUGUGUAAGUUAAAUUGAGUGUUAACCUAAUUGUUCUGGACUGGAUUUGCAAAUAACUAGUCUAAGCCUCGUUGGAGAGAGGGAGGCCUGCUUCUGAAGUUACUUUGAGAAAACAAUAACCGUAAACGUCAUCCCUUUUUCCUGCCCAUAACUGUCUUGGCUCAGCCUUUCUAUUUUUGUACCUGUGAAUAACAUACCUGACUUUUCUAAGUACGAAAGGACUUCAGCUUCAAGAAACCCUACCCAGUAAUGGACACUCUAGCUGCCCUCCCUCUAGUCAGGUCCUCUGGCAAGUAGAGUACUGCUGUUAGCUACAGAGCAGCCUGGAUGGAAAGGCAGAACGCUCCUUCCUUUAGGAACUGUGCUUCCAGGGUGCUUGUGUAUGUAAAGCCCUGCUCUUAACUCCCACUCUGCUAUUUUAUUAUUAUUACAGUUGAUCUGUUACUCACCUGGUAAACCACUGUCUCAAGGCCAUUUACAUGUAAGAUAAUUAAAAACACAAAAACAACAGAUACAUUUAAAACAAUACUAAAACCCCAACAGAUGGACACUCAUGAUAAAGACCCAUUUAUCCAGCUGGGAAAACCUGCCGGAACAAAAAUAUAAGGCACAGCAUUUUGAAGGCUUCCUCCUGCGCAUCUUUCCCUCUCAGUUACAGCUGUGUCUAAGAGCACUAUGUAAUGAGGGAACAGAUUUCAGUACCUGCUCCUCAAACUGCUUUUUCUUGGGGAAAGUGAAAUAAAACAUCACAUCAUUGUGCCCCCAAGUCUAAUGUGUGCUACUAGUACAAAUUAUGGUACAUUGAGUUGAGUGGGAUCAAUUCCAAUCUGUUACCUCCGAGGAUGUGGACAGGCUGCUUGGAUGAGUGAAACCAACCACCUGUCUCCUGGAUCCUUGCCCAUCCUGGCUUAUAAAAGCUAGCCGGGAAGGACUGGGCGAUGGGCUUCGUGGGGUGGUGAAUGCUUCCCUCCAUGAGGGAGCCUUCCCAGACCCGCUGAAAGAGGCGGUUAUUAAACCGCUUCUUAAAAAACCAUCUUUAGAUGCGGCCACGAUGGCCAACUAUCGCCCAGUCUCAAAUCUUCCAUUCUUGGGCAAGGUGAUUGAGCGAGCGGUUGCUGAACAACUCCAGGCACGCCUGGAAGAAGCGGACCAUUUGGAUCCCUUCCAGUCGGGAUUCAGGCCUCAUCAUGGGACUGAAACUGCAUUGGUCGCACUGGUUGAUGAUCUCCGGCGGGCUAGGGACAAAGGUGAGAGCUGUUUCCUAGUUCUGCUGGAUCUCUCAGCGGCGUUUGAUACCAUCGACCAUAACAUCCUUCUGGACCGUCUUGAGGGGCUGGGAGCUGGGGGCACUGUCAUACAGUGGUUCCGCUCCUUCCUCCUGGGCCGUGUUCAGAAAGUGGUGGUGGGGGAUGAGUGUUCAGGCCCCUGGGCUCUCACUUGUGGGGUGCCUCAGGGUUCUGUCCUCUCCCCCAUGCUUUUCAACAUUUACAUGCAGCCGCUGGGAGAGAUCAUCAGGAGGUUUGGGCUGGGUGUUCAUCAGUAUGCGGAUGAUACCCAGCUCUACCUCUCUUUUAAAUCAGAACCAGUGAAGGCGGUGAAGGUCCUGUGUGAGUGUCUGGAGGCGGUUGGAGGAUGGAUGGCGGCUAACAGAUUGAGGUUGAAUCCUGACAAGACAGAAGUACUGUUUUUGGGGGACAGGAGGCGGGCAGGUGUGGAGGAUUCUCUGGUCCUGAAUGGGGUAACUGUGCCCCUGAAGGACCAGGUGCGCAGCCUGGCAAUCAUUUUGGACUCACAGCUGUCCAUGGAGGCACAGGUCAAAUCUCUGUCCAGGGCAGCUGUUUACCAGCUCCAUCUGGUACGUAGGCUGAGACCCUAUCUGCCUGCGGACUUUCUCGCCAGAGUGGUGCAUGCUCUGGUUAUCUCCAGCUUGGACUACUGCAAUGGACUCUACGUGGGGCUACCUUUGAAGGUGACUCGGAAACUACAACUAAUCCAGAAUGCGGCAGCUAGACUGGUGACUGGGGGCGGCCGCUGAGACCAUAUAACACCGGUCUUGAAAGACCUACAUUGGCUCCCAGUACGUUUCCGAGCACAAUUCAAAGUGUUGGUGCUGACCUUUAAAGCCCUAAACGGCCUCGGUCCAGUAUACCUGAAGGAGCGUCUCCACCCCCAUCGUUAUGCCCGGACGCUGAGGUCCAGCGCCGAGGGCCUUCUGGCGGUUCCCUCAUUGCGAGAAGCAAAGCUACAGGGAACCAGGCAGAGGGCCUUCUCGGUAGUGGCGCCCGCCCUGUGGAACGCCCUUCCAGCAGAUGUCAAAGCGAUAAACAACUACCUGACAUUCAGAAGACAUCUUAAGGCAGCCCUGUUCAGGGAAGUUUUUAACGUGUGAUAUUUUACUGUAUUUUUGGUUUCUAUGGAAGCCGCCCAGAGUGGCUGGGGAGGCCCAGCCAGAUGGGCGGGGUAUAAAUAAUAAAUUAUUAUUAUUAUUAUUAUUAUUAUUAUUAUUACAUUGGUAAAAUGUAUGAUUAAUUGAAAUCUUCCAUUUUCUAACAUAUCAGUACAGUGCUGGCUUAGUAGAGGAAGUUCGCUUAUUACAGUUAUGAUGUCACUAAUGAUGAGGUCCCUUUGAACAGAAGAAGCCCAACAUUCUUAGUUCUUAAAAACAACUAAGUAGUCUAUGGUGAUUAUGUAUCUUUCAGCUAGUCUGGGAAGUAUAAGAAGAAUUCAAUAUAUGCCAUGUAGACGGAAAGUAAAAUUGGGAAAAAAGGUUGUUUUCAAAUACUUGGAAUAUUUCAAGGGGGGCUUUUUUAAAAAAGUAACCAUAUGUAAUCUGGUCUUUUUUGCAUGCACAAAGGUGCUACACUGUAUGUGUCCUAUCAAGCUAGGGAUAUAGUGUAACAACCUAUUAUGUGUGGAUCCUGGCUGGAAAUAGUGAUAUUCAGUUUGCUGUUGCAUUCCAGUGAGAACUAGGCCUUAAUCCUGCCUCUGGACUAUAUGACUUCAAACUGCAGGUGGGGGAUGCUUACAUGAUUGAAUGUCGUCUUGUAUAUAGAAAACUAGCAAGCCGAGUAGAAGGUGCAGAUAUCCCCAAACACCUUUUUUUAAACAUUCAUUUUUAUUGUUUUUUUAUACCAAUUGGUGCACUGUAAAUAGUGUACAGUAGAAUACUUCAUGAAGUGAACAUCACUUGUGGAAAUGUUUUGAAUGGAGAAACCCAAAUUUACAAUCUCAAUCUUACCGAAUCUGUUGCACUAAUAUAACCAAAGUGCCUGGUUACACAUAGGAAAUAGUUUAAAUGCAAGCGUCACUUUUAGGUAGUUCAGUAGCCUUCUAGGAUGCAAGAUUCCUGUAAAUCCCUGAACCAAAAAAGUUUUGGUGAAGUGGAAUGGUAUAACACCCCAUAGCUAUGUGACCUUUUUAUAAUUAUUCAGCAAACAAACUAGAAGUAACAAAUUAAGUUCCAACCCUUAUAAUUCUUGAAUAAAUCGUUGUGUGGUCUAGGCAUUAAGAAACACUUUCUUUCAUAUCUCUCUCUCUCUCUCUCUCUCUCUCUCAAACCAAUUUCAUAAUAAAGCUAGUAUUUAACAUGUUGAAUACUGCUAGGGGGGAAAGUUUCUUUGAAGAUGGAUACCAGAAAUCGUUUGACAAUUUCAGGAACCUGAUAGAUUCUUAGUGCUGAGAAACUAAAAUGAAAAGUAAAAUCAGUGCAUACAAUUUAUUAGCAGAUCUCACUAUCUAGUUUUGGAAAUCUGUGUUUGAAAUAAAACUCUGAUAAGAUGGAACCAUUGGAAACUACCAGAUCUCCCAAGGUCAGUUAAAAAUGUCAGGAAUAAUCCAGGAAUUAGUAGUAUUUAUCAUUCAAAUACUAUAGGAUUUAGGUGCUCAAAUAAAUGGAAACCUUUCUCUUCUUGCAGAAUGAUGAAAAUGUGUCACUCCACAACAUCACAUUUUCACUUCCUUCAAGCCCAGAACUGCAGGAGCCUGAACCAGUUUAUAAGGUAAACCAACUGUGCUUAUUUCAGAGUUGACCCUUUUGAAUGAAGGAGCUAAUGAAAAAGCAUCAAGUGUGUAGGUCAGCACUAUUUAUUUAUUUAUAGAAUUAUCUUGUUUACCCUUAGUAGGUAUGACAAGGAGAGGAGUUCCUUUAAUUUUUUCUUUCUUUGCAAAGCAGCUGCAAACUCUGCAGACUAUUUUGAGAGAUAAGAAUUGUGGUGGAAAAACUGGGCAAGCAAAGAACCAUGUUGCUAGGCAGAAUGAGGAGAGAAGACAGUUUCAGGAAAAGCACCACUAAGAAACACUUGGCCUAGGGAGCAGGUUUUGUUUUCCAGCUGCUGUUGCCACAUGUAUUUGGUAAGAGGCUUGGGCAGGAUUGCAAACAAACCAAACUUAAGGGAGGAUCUUAACUUCAGACAUAAUGUUGGAGUAGAUUCAGGGAAAUCAGAUUAAGUCUAUUUAUUUCAGUAGGUUUGAUGUAGUUUGAUAUCACCCAGUGGUCUGUUGCCCCCAAGUAAGCUAUAGUUAGUUGUCCAUUUAAUUCUCCAGAACUUUCAAACCAUAGCAUAACUACCAGUGGUGGAGCAUUCACCGCCUGUGUCCAGGGCAUGCAUACACCAGGGUACGUUCAGGACAUGCUGUGGGGUGGGGUAUGUUGCCAGAGCGACCCCUGCCCACUGCUGUAAAGCGGGGCACACUUAUGGGGCACCACAAGCUGUUGCAAAGCAACAGGCAUCACCCUGGCCCCUGCAAGCCCAGUGCUGCUUUUGCGAGUGGCAGUGGGCUCACAGGGAGGGUGUCAUAUGCUGUUGAAUCCUUCUCACUGCACUCUACAGCUGGAGGGCAGCUGAGGACACAACAGCUCACCAUGCGGCAGAGCACCGUGACGCACCCCCCAAAAAACUGCCUGGGGUGAUGGCCCCCCUCAGCCCCCCAUUCUACGCCACUGUUAACUAUGAUACCAGAAUAUGGCCAAUAUUUGCAGUUUUGUUUUGUUUUUUGUUUUCGUUCUCAACAUUUAGUAAUGAAAAUAAUGCAGAGCCUAAACUUUAAAAAGCAAUUUGCUCCUAGAAAAAGAUUUUACUUUCUCUCUUCCCCGACCUCCCGGACAGAUAAGAAUUAUAUUUAUCUACUUCAUGGAAAACAUUAAGAUCUCCGCUUUUUGUUUGCCAGACUGAUGAUUUGCUGAAUGAGAUCACACAGCUUAAAGAAGAUUUAAAGAAAAAGGAUGAAACAAUCAAACAACUAGAGCAUCGGCUUGUGAGUAUAUUAUACAGUAUGCUCUGCAGAGAAUGUGAUAUCUACCAUAAUUUCUAUAAAUCAAUGUGACAGCACUUCUUGUUCACUUGCGUGGGACUAACUUCAAUAUUUAAGUCAGUGGGAAAUCCUUUUAUAGGAGCUGCUUAUGUAAAUUGGAGCAGUCACAGGAAUUCCUGGAUCAGGAGUAUGAUACCUUAGUGUUCUUACAUAUUAUGGCCAUGUGCUGUGUAUGUUAACUUUAGAGCACAGGAUUCUGAAAUAACAGGAGUUCAAACUGCACCAUUCUUCAUUUUAACAUAUCACACUGUCAAUUUAUUUUACACUUAAUGCAGCUGCAUUUAGCAAUUUGUAUCAAGUAUAAGAUUUGACAUGAGAAAUCUAACUAUACUUUAAAGAGCAGCAGAUGAUGUUUCUUAUACUGUAAAGCCAAAAUUACAAUAUUAACACAUUCAGGGGAACUAUUAUGGAAGGAGGUAUUUAAAAAUAAAAAUGAAAAACUCUCCAAACAGUUGAAGUUGCUGUGAAUGAUUUGGAAAUAUUUCAUGUUAAUUGCAGAUAACUGUGAUAUAUUUAAGUGUAUAAAAGUAUCAGGAUAUACAUAUAUGAGUCUAGGUUCCUUUCUGGGAGACACUGGGUUGUAACCCAUGACCUUGUUCUGUUUAGUGCAAGACUUCCACCUGUACAAUGGGAUGGGACUUUAAUUUCCUGUCCUUGCUACUACCCCCCCAUCAGUUAUGGGUUUCUCCCCAACUUUCUGGAGGAGAUCUGGGGGGGUUUGCGGGGAGUGCAUGGGGAGAGGAAGUCCUGUUCUGCAGGUGGAAGCCCUUGAACUAAUGGAAUAACUUGAUGGGUUACAACUCUUUAUAUUCUGCACUGCUGUUUGUGUACAGUUUACACACUGUUCAGUUUACACUUGAAUUAAGUAUUUCUAAUGUCUAUUAUGUGGAUCAGCCUUUGGACCUCUGUAUCCAUCCUUUUCUUCUUUCUUAGCAGCAGUUUGUGGCGCCUGUUUUGCGGUGGUAAAACCCAUGAGAGUACAGAAGGAUUGUUUUAUGGCCUUACUACCUCAUAUUUUGUUUAAUUCAUUUGCUAAUGUUAUAUUGUGUAUUAUACUAUCUGUAAGACAUUUUGAGAUGUUUGUGUAAAGUAACUAAAAAGCGUAAUAAAUAACCAUCAAAUCAUUUGUCUUUUGCGUAUGCAUAAAGUCUGUUAGGUGUGUCUGCGACAGAGACAGCAAGAUAUCUGAACAGCCUGCGUGCACAUAUGCUGACAAAUACACACAGACCUCCUGGAGGAAAAGUGCUGUGAGUAGUUGAUGAAAAGUUACAGUUGUUUAUGUAAGAUAGCUCCUGGUUUAGAUCCAUUAGGUUUCAUCAUCUUGCCAUGUUACCCAGGUUCUUUCAAUUUCUUCUUUUUAGUUGUAUAUAAUUUUAAAGAUGUUUUGCAAUCUGCUACAUUGUAUAUACAUAGUUAUUUAUCGGGUGACGGAGACAUACAGUUCUUUGUGUAUUUUUGUGUGUAUUUUGUGUAUUUUUGUGUGUUUUAAGACUCAUUUGAGUCUUAAAAAUGCAAUUUAGGAUUUCAGAUAAGUAGGAUUUCAGAUUCCAGUCCUUCCUGAUUCCUAAGUAUCAUUUUUAGGAAUGCCAUCAAAAUGCAAUAUAGUGCUAAUGUAAUUCAUAUUAAACUUUAAUAUGAACUGCAGACAUUCCAGAAUCGAAAAACCAUUUUGGAUCUUAGUAAAUCAUUUUAGAUGGGUUCUGUAGUCUAUAUUUAAUUCUUAUGGAUUAAAUUCACGGGAGUGUAUCCAAUAUUUGUCCUACUCAGGAUUGUUCCAUUGAAAUGAAUGGACAUUAGUGACUUAGGUCAAUUAGUUUCAGUGGGUCUACUGUGAGUAUAACUUAGUUGGCUAUAACCCACUAUUUUCAAAUCUCAUGAGAUUUCAAAUCUCAUGAGAUUACCAAUACAUAUUUUCCUGGCAAGGUUACCUCUUUGUCUUUUUAAUAACUGUCAAAUUUUAGUCCUGGGUUUAUUUCUGUUUCCAAUUUUGGAAUCUGAAGUAUUGGUGUAGAUGACAAUAUAAUUCUUUACAAGUUUGAUGUAUUGUAGUAGAAAAUUUUCUCCAUUAGCAUUCAUAAUGCACAGCAGCAGUGGAGCACACAUUUACCAAAAAUAUGAAAUAGCUCUCGUAAGAAAAUUGUGAUUCUUUUGGAUUUCAGAAUAACACUGUACAGCAGCAGAAAUUGCACUAGUUCUAGAUUUGAAUGAGAAAAAAUGGGGUUCACUUGUCCUUACCCCUUUUAGUUAAUUUGAGGUUAGUGUUUUCAUAUUUCUGAGGAGGAAAGAGAGGAUUUCCUAAUUCUAUGCAUCUUAUUCAACAUUGAUGGUUGAGCAUCUUUUCUAGGGUAAAGAAAAAAAUUAUAUGCAAACUGUAGCAAUAUAUUUUGACUGUUGAAAUGGCAAUGAAGUGUUCUGUGAUGUCACAUGCUCUACACAUCACUGAUUUUUAAUGGAGUUUCCUAGCAGUGCAGUUUAUGGGUUGCUAGUAUGCAGAAUGUGUGCCACAAAUGGUACAGGCACCUGUGUGGACUUCAUAAUAUGGCUAGACGUGAACAAAUGGACCAGUGGACCCGGCUGUGGCAUAAUUAGGCCUGUAGCUCUGUCCUGCUCACCUAUUAGUAAACUAGAGGCAAAAUAGCACUAAAAGAAUUGCCCUGAAAUGGCAUUAUACUGCUCUAGUUCUCAUGGCAUAUUAAACCAUGGUUAAAAACAAGCCCAUAUUUUAAUGUGAACAUGCAGUGUACUACUGAAAAGUUCCUGUUGCUAAGUGUGGGUACGUUGCCAGGAAACAAGCCAGCAUCUGGAUUGUGAUGCCUGAACCUUGGCUUGUUUCUCUCUAAACAGAGAAGCAGUAUCCCCAGGUUGUUCUUUGCUUAUUGUUUACAGUUUGUAGGCAGUGAAACAAAUGAAAAGCCAGGUUCAGAUGUCAUCACAAUCCAAACUCUGACUUGUUUCAUGGCAGUGGCAGUAGUAGGGAAAAUAGUAGUUUAACAUGCUGUGCAAACCAGGACAUGAUUUGAGAAGUACUAUAUGGUCUUUAGUUGUAAAUUAUUCUAUGAAACUGCCCCAGAAGCCUCUCCUAUACUAUUUCUAAGAGUUGUUAGUGGACACUUUGUUGUGGACUAGAAUUGAGCUUUAGGGUUUUGUGCUGAAAAAAAAUCAUUCACAUUUUUCAGUACAUGAUUUGGAAGAACAAAUAACAAAAAAAACAUACUCAGAUCAUAGUGAUUGGACGUGUUUUGUAUAUUUGUAGGCCAGGGGUCGGAAACCUAAGGCCCUUGGGCCACAAGCGGCCCGCAGGGGUCGUUUAACCAGCCCCCGAGCCGCCCAUUCGGCGAGUCCCCACGCACUGCGCUAAACCAGCGUGGCACGGGGACUUGCUUCCAUGGCGCCAGAAAUCAUGUCGAUGCAGAUGCCAGAAAUCGCGUCUUCACAGACGCAGAUGCCUGAAAUCGCGAGUGUGUGCAUGAUCGGGCCCAUGGAGGGAUCUCCGCUGGAGUGAACUGGCCCAGGCGCAACCCCUGUUGUAGGCAAAUAAAACUAGCACAGUGCAAUAUGUACUGGAAUUCAUACUUGAUUAGGUUAAAGCAAAACUAUAAACUCAGAACUCCUGAUUUGUCUCUUCUUGACAUUCUGACUCUAAUCUACUUUGAAUAAUUUUUGAAGGACAUUUUAAAUGAACCUCACUUAUUCAUCAGCAAAUUCUAUAAUAUUCUGUAUUUUUAUUCUUGCUAUUUUCAUUUGAAACUAAUUCAGUAUACAGAUAGAUAUACGCAUAUAGGCAUGUUUUAGUUGACCUGUUGAGACCCCCAUAUUGAAUAAUUUUGUUUGUUUAUUUAUUUUUUAAAUUCGUAUAACGGCCUUCAUACAAAGAUCUCAGGGUGGUUCACAGCAUAAAAACACAGCAUAAAAACACAAAAUGCAUAAUAAAAACAAAAACAAGAAGAAUUAUUAGAAACCACUGUCAUUUUCCUAUAGCAGAACAGAAACAAUAACAAAAAAUGACUAGCUGAAAUACUGGGCCCAUAGUAAAUAAUGAGAGGGGUUGAAUGUUUCUCCUAAUAUUCCCCCCAUCCACCCAGAACAAGAUAUUGUUACAUGCCACCUCAGUCCCAGAGCAGUGUGAGAUUCCAGGGUUUCUAGGCACCCAAGUUUGUGUUUCCUUCAGAAUGAGGAACAGCAGAGACUGCGGUGUCUUUAUGAUAUAUAGUUUAUUUACAACCUGAGCCUAUGAUGGAGGGGUUCACUGCACUAACAUCCCAGAAGAGUCUUGCUUCACCCAUAGCCACAGUCUUGGGUACGAGCAGAAAUCAGGCAUACUUCUUCCUCCAGCUUCUAACUUACACACACACAACUCAGCUCACAACUCUGUCUUUAUCUUACUAACUACACACAUCUGCUACACAGAGCCACUUCCUUUGUUACCUUAAUGACCCAUACUUAGAGCUAUCCCCAGAAAGCUUACCCGAUUAUUCCAGGAUUUUGAAUCCUUGCUUAGAUUUUAACCCUAGCUGAAUCCAGAAAUUACUCCCCCCCCCCCAAUAUAAAAUUUCAGUGUUGUAAGUUUACACUAAGUAACUUUUCUUUCAAGUUAAAAAUCAGCUUGGAACAGAAUUAACCCCUUGCGGUAAAAUCGAUUUUUGUGGUCUGAUGGAAUUCUGCAGUGUGCUGUAAUAAUUUGUUUUAAAUAUAGGAGAACCAUUCUUGAAGUGGUGUAUAACCUCCUCCUCCACACACACACACACACACACACACACACGGGGAGGGGGGACAUUAAUUUAUGAUGAUAGGCAAAAUGUGAAGUUAUUUUUCCUGCCCAAUUUUGAGAAGUUGCUAAGGAUAAAAUGGACCCUAAUUAGCCCAAAGUGUGUGGUAGUGUCACUUUCCCUUUCAUUUUAAUAGGGGUAGACUGGACACUUGCUUCAAAAGGAAGGACUUGUGUUUUACCAAAUCAACUACAGUACAGAGCUUCUGUUGCUGCAGUUUUCAGGGCAGGCACGAUGGUAAUGUAUCAAAAUCUGCAACCUAUCCCUGAGUUGUGCUACUUCUGGCUCUGCCCAUGGUUAAUUUUCAGUUCUCCUCCCCCAUUAGUUGUCAAGGGGGGAGAAAAAAGAAUGCAGCAGCUUUGUUUCCACAAAUAGGUAGGCCAGCUCCGCAGCUUAUGACAGAGGGAAACAUUUAAGCCCAUUUUUAAACUUCCCUUUUACACCCCCUCUGCACUAAGGUUACAGCAUUACCUUAGGAAUUACAGCUGUUAAUUCAUCUCUCACAUAAAUAUUACACAAGAGAGAGAUGGGAGGGCAGGCAUGCUAGCAGCUUUAUAAUGCAUUUGUGUACUUCUUUGUUGUAAUUUAUUAAAGAAAAACCUUCAUUGUUAAUAGCUGGUUUUCAAAAAGAUUCAGAAGAAUGCAAGUUAUGUGCUAGGGGUUCAGCCAAAGGAAGAAGUGAUCAUAGCAACUUUGCAGUCCACCAGUGGGAAAAAAAAACUUUUAUUAUUUCAUAUGUUUAACUAUGAAUUACUGAUGUUCAACCAAACCACCAUAGAUUUACUGCAGCCUUGUAGAAAAGGAAGAAAUCUUAUUUAAAGGUUGCUCAGAGUUGAUUCUUCACAUAGGCAACCAAACCAAUGGAUAUUUACGUAACUGUUUUGCAAUACUAUCUUGUCUAUUCUUCAUACCAUUGUACCGUUCAUUGUAUGUUAUCAAAAGUAUCACCAAUAUCUCAUGUAACGUAAAGCAAAGUUGCUGAAUGUUCUACUUGUAUUGCAAGAUUUUGUUUUCUGGAGCUCAGCAUAAUAUAUAGAAUCCACACAUGCAGGUUAUAGAACUAUUUUAAGAAUUUAGUCUCACCUGAAAUUUCCCCUCUAUCUAGCUAACUAUGUAAGAUUUAAAUGUAGUGUGUGUAUAACGCCCACCACAAUAUAAUGACUGCAAUUCCCUAUGUUUCAACUUAGCAAAAUUUGUCCACUCUUUCUAAAGUAGCAGUCCUGUGCAUAUUUGAGAGCAAGUCCUAUUGUGGCUGCCAAAUGCAUUUUUAAAAGGCCGAGUUACUCAGGAUUCUUGCAUGUGUGCACCUGCUGCAGAACAAAUUGAGAGGACGUGGUUUCACUAUCCUCAAAACAGCAUUUCUCUAUUAGCAUGGAGACAAACAAACCAGGCACCCCUUUUUCUACAUUAAAAUGGAGAUUGGUAUUCACAUGAUGAUUACUGCCCAGAGGAUGCAUGAACUGGCCUUCACGUGGCAACCGUUUUAUGCAGUGGCUGGAAUGAAAGGCAAUUGCCAUGGAUAAUUUUUAACCGAUUCUUAAACUAUAUAAGCUUUUUUGGAGUUACAUCUUUUUACAGUCUGAAACAAGCCUAAAACCCAAGCUUGCACUCAAUUGCAAUUAUCCAUGCUCUGAUAAAAUUUUUGUUAGUCUGCAUGUAUUAUAUAUGGGGCUAUCCUUAAAAGAUGGUUUGGAAACUACAGAUAGACCCUGUACCAUGAGACUGUUAACCCAGGGCAUCUCAUUAGAAACAUCUCCCAUCAGUAUCAAAAGAGCUUCACUGACCACCAUUUGAUUUUCAAACCCAGUUUGAGUUGCUCAUGUUGAUGCUAAAGUCCUUUCUCAACAUCACCCUGCCCACAAAUUCAGCUAUCUAUCAACACUCCUCUUCAGUUGUUCUGAUGUUGGACAAAUGUGAUGACUGAAAGAGGGAGUGCACCUAGGAUCUAUUCUGCCCUUUGGGUGCCAGUCUAGCUAUUUUUAUUUACCCAGGACUUCUAAGAAUUUUACAAUUUCAGUAAGCCAUUUUAAUUAGUGUAUUGUCUUGUGUUUAUGCUGAUUGGAUUUUGUGAGUUGUAAUUAUUUGUGUACAUCAGGCUUAACAUCUCAUCCCAGGUGUAAAGUGUGGGUCCCAUUAAAACAUCUUUCAAAGAUCUUGAGGUAUGCAGGCAAUAGAGAAUCUACCCCAAGUUCCUUGCUAUAAUCUUUUCAGGUUUGAAGGGCAUACACUAUUAAAGCCUUCCCUGUUCUUUGGACAUCUUCGCUGAUCUUUAUAAUAAAUUAGAAUUUGAUAAACAAACCACUUACUUCCACCAGGUACUCUGAAACAAUUUUAAAAUGUAUAUAAAAAGGCUAUUCUUGUCUUGAUUGACUUGGUGUUGCAUUUAAUAAAUACAAAUACCUAAAGCCAAUUUUUCCUUCAAAUAUUUUCCAGAAGCAAGCUUUUACAAACCUUGCUGAUCUUUUGAAUUAUUUCAGAUUUAAAAGUACUUGUAAGAGGAACAAUGUGGCUUUUGGUGUUGUUUGCCCCCUCUCCGUUCUCUUUUUUAUUAUUCUUUCUCCCCCAUCUUUCUCUGCACAGGGUGGGUAUUCUGCUCCUUCCUUCUCUCCCUGGCAGGGCUCAUUCCAGGGCAUCCCUCGGACUGUUCCACCGCAGCGCAGACAGAGUGAGUCUGUACUUCUCACUCAUAUCCCUCACUGUGCUCCAGUAGCAGUUUUCCCUUUGCACGCACUGUUCAUUGUGUAGCAUUCUGUUCUUUCAAGCAAAAACAUCAGACACAUGCGAGUCUGUGGUCUAACCUCAGCACCUCUUUCACUUAACGAUAUAACUGCAACUUAACAGCUUUAUCAAAUGGUUUAAUAAUAGAUCUUAAAAGCUACCUGAAACCUUUAUUUCAUCGAUCCUGAAAGUUUGCUUGUUCUCCACCCUUUCAUGGCUUUUAAAGUGCGUGUUUGUCCCGUUUGUUCAUGUUAUCAGCAUGUGUGCUCAUCCAAAUAUAUUUGUUUGAUAUUUGUGGAGAUGUGUUCAUACAAGUCAUACUUUGAUAACAGUAUGUGACACAUUGCUAUAUUUGGAAAAUUAAACUUUUCUUUCAGCUGUGAAGCUUUUCUAAGAGAUCUCUCAAUCAGCAAUGUGCCAGAGUAACAAAUUAAGAAAGUAGUGACUUUUCCAGCAAUGCAUGAUUUAUUAAUAUUACUCAUUAACUAGCAACAGCUUGAUCUAAAAUGGGAUGUUGUUCUUUAGUCACAAUAGAAAAGACAAAUUUGUUGAUUUGUACUGUACUAAAAUAGAGUAGAAAACUAGUAAAACUGAUAUAUUGUGAAGCACUAGCUUAAAUUAUUUCAGGGGAAAUAUAAAGUGGCUACCUUGUUUGUGUAAACAUUUUCAUUUGCUUAUGGUAGAUUUUUUUGCAUUUUAAAUUAUCCAUACCCUAGAACGCUGAUUUGCAAAGUAAGGAUGUAUUCCAAUCAAUUUUAUUAAAAGUUGAGUGGUGAAAUACUUUUUUUAGUAGUUUGAGAAUUUGCAUUCUCAGCUUCAGUUAGAUGCUGCUAAAUAAAUUAAGUAUGGGCAGAAAUUAAGAUCUUCGGCAAUGUUCUUAAGAAUAUAAAAGGAUGAUAACUAAAGGGCUACGUAUGUUGUGAGAAUGCUAUUUGGGAACUAAACAAAGACUGAAUACUAACUGGUAAGCUGUGUGUGUGUGUGUGUGUGUGUGUGUGUAUAUAUAUAUAUAUAUAUAUAUAUAUAUAUAUAUAUAUAUGCUCUCUUUUGAACAGAGCAAAAACCUGCUCCUAUUUUAUAUUGUGGGCAGAAUUGGAACUGAGAACUGGCAUUAUUUCACCCUUUCCCUGGGAUUUGGACUUUGCUAUAUGCAGUUCCUGCUGUGGACAUGCCCCUGUUCUAAAUAGCAACACACGGAUGUGCUGCAUUCCCAACAUGUGGUUCAAAUCCAUGACCCCUGAGAUUCAGGGGGUCUCAUUCCCAAAUGAAUGCCUAGUUUCCAUUAUACUGGACUACACUUGGACGAGGAACUGCUUUGGCUGCUUAGCUGAAUUUGCCUGGGCCCAUCUUCUCAUAGAGUUUGGGUUAGAUAGACCUCUGUUGUGGUCCAACAGGAUGCUCCUUAUGAUCUUAGUAUGUCUUCCAUAUUUGGUGGUUCAUUAAUUUUCAGUGCUAUAAACUGUGCAGUGAAAGUUGCUUAGGGCUAGAAAAUCAGUGAAAUAAGUAAUAUGAAAGAGUUCAGUGGAAUGCACUUACUGGCCUAGUUCACACAUCACAUUAAGCCACAGUUUGAAACAGGAUGGAGCACCUACGGCCCAGGGGCCAAAUGCAGCCCUACUGGCCUCUUCCCAGACCUUGGGACUCUCUCCGAGUAAAGCCCCCUCCCCAACAACACUGUUUCCCCAAACUACACCCCUAACUGGCCUUCCUUCACAUUCUCCUUUAGAGUUUUUGCUUGGCUGGAAUGUGUUCCUUGGACGCUAAUAAUGACCCUUUUUUUAUCUGGAUGGACAAAGAGAGGUGUGUGAGCAUGUGCAGAAACUAAUGUACUGUAGAAAGGAGCUACCCACUUUUGCCUUCCCAGCACUAGCAUGUGGUCCCCACUCCCAGAAGGUUGUCCAGAUGGCAGUAUAAUUUUCAGGCUGAAAAUGUUUUCCGAUUCCCAAUUUAAAACAAACCUGUUUGCUUUUUGUGUUGUCCAAAUCUGGGCUCAUAGUUUGUUUCCUUCCAACAAAUCACAAGUAGUAACCAAGGCUUGUUCUUUGCUCACUGCUUGACAUUUGUUUGAGGGAAACAGGUCCAAACCUGGGUUCAGAUGAAAUGACAAGCCUAAUUCUGGCUUGAUUUGUCUGUGGUGCGGAAUCAGCAGAAGUGUGGAACAGCAGCAUAGGAAGCUGCUUAUGUGUCUAGACUAGGUGUAGUAAACCUGUGACCUUCCACAUGUUGUUGGACUCCAACUCCAAACAUCCAUGGCUGAUGGGAUUGGAAUCCAACAACACAUGAAGGGACUGGAGGCUCCCCCACCCCCCAUUUAGACUGGUAAACUUCAAUCCCUCAUAUCCAGUUGCCUGGAAGCUUCUCUGUAAAGUCUUUGGUAUGUGAACAGUCACAGAAGUGCUGAUUAGUUUGAUGAUCAAAGGACCAAUCAUACCUAUAUUGAGUCAGGAUGGUGGAAGUAAGUGGAACAAAUCUGGCAUAAUUUCAGGAUAGAAACUUGUGCAAAACCAGCUAGGGGUUGGGCAGAGUAGUUGCGGAUUUAGGAAAUUAUGAGCUGUGGAAAUACCCUGACUCAUUUUUGGGUUAGGGAAAGCCAAAAGCUUAUAGUUUAUCACAUAUUACUUUUUGAGCAUUAAUGAUAGACUGCAGACCAGGGGCAGGCAAUGUGUGGCCCUCUGGAUGUUGUUGGAUGGCAGCCCCUAUCAGCCCCAGCCAACAUGACCGAUGGUGAGGAUGAUGGGAGCUGGAAUAUAACAACAUCUGGAGGUGCACAGGUUUCCUACAUCUGAUAUAGACAAAGCCUUCAAAACAAUGUGAUGAGCAGGAAGUCCAGAGGCUAUUAGAAUUUCUGUGUAAUCCUUCAAAUUAUCAUAAUUAGAGUCAAUGCUGAGUUCCUGAUAAAGGUGAGUAGAAAUUAGGUGCCAAGUCAGUUUUGUCCUUUGAAAAGUUGGCAUAGAUUUGUUCUUAAGAUUCAGGGAUAUACAUGCUUUAUGUAAAAGACCUGCGUUAGUACAUUGGAAUAAAAGCUUUCCUCAAUAGGUUUAUAUACACAACCAUGUAAUGAAAGAGAAGGUACUCUUUGGUCAUGGCAAUUGCUCAUUGUUGUGUCUUGGUCCUCUGACACCGCUGUCCUUGUCUUUUUCUUGUCUCUGCUUUCCAUUUUGCUAUUGGCAAGGAGUUGAGGAAUUAGUCCAUUACUUCUAUGAUAAAGCGUGGUACAGUACAACUUCAGAUUUCUUCCUCCUUCCACUUCUUCACUAUUGUGUAUGCUGCCUGCAUGGUGCAUGCAUGUCAAAGUUGUGCAUGCAGAGUUGUCUUGUUUUCUCCAUACCUCAUAACAUUAAUAGGAAAAGGCUGUUUGGUAGUUCUUAAUGAAAUCAAAGUAAAUGUUUCAUCUCACCUGUGUUAUAAGCAAGAGAAUCACAUUUUUAUGCCUGUAUUUUUCUACACCUUACUGAGUGGCAUUAAGUUGUAUGCAAAAUUGCAAAACAUUUGAAGUAAUUUCCAGUUUACUGUGUGUGUCUUAUGUGGCAAUUCUCUUCAUUGAUUUUCUGCUAUUGAGCACCCUGCAACAACUCAUGUAGAACCAGCCUUCACAGGAUGCUGCUGUAUUGUGGCAGGGUAUGUGUGGAUCCUUUAUACUAGAACAUCUAGAGAAAUCUGGAAAUGGAUAAUUUCUAGAACCUAUCUUUAUUGUAAAAAUACAUGUUGACAAUAUCCAAAGGCACAAUUGGUGUUUAAUACUUUGUCAUAAUCUUCUUCCUUGGUUAGACAGCAUUGGAAGUAUUCUACAGCACAAUAAACACAUAGUGCUUUUCUUAGUGCACACAGCAUUGCAUAUGAGUUUUCAUUAAUCCUUAUAACAUCCUUGUAAGAGGCUGUUAUUACGUCCAUAUUACAAAGUGAGAUGGGGAUAUGGUUGGAAGAGUGAUUACUUAAUGCUUCCCAAUGAGUUCAUGGUAGAAAUGAAAUUUAAAUUGGGACCUGACUCACAACUACUCCUGUCAAGCAACAUUAGUUUCACAUUAAUGGAAAGCUCCAUAAAACAGUUUAAACAAGUAGCUAUCAUAUACAUUUCAGUUAGGUCUGUACCAGGUGUUUGCUGGUGAACAACUUAAGGGUGAAAGUAGAGCUUUAGAGGGGAACCUGGCAAUGGAGAUACGUCUUCUGUUUCUCUGACAUUUGCUCCAUAAAACAAAUUGACGUGUUUGACCCCUUCCCCUGCAGCAAUUUUUUUACAUGAGUGCUACAAAGCAGGCUGCUUUUUGUAGUGGGUCAAAGUGUUUGUGAAGGUCCCUCUCCAAUUUCAUCUCAGCCAUGCAGUUUCAAUAUACUUCAGACUAUACAUGUAUAGCCAGCCAGUCAACUUAUUUAACCAGCUAGCUUAUUGAAAUACUUCUGUAACUGAAAGUAAAUGAAAACUCAGGCUUAAAUUAAACUAGACCUAAAUUAAAACAAACUAGUAGUACAUAGGCAUUCCAUACACUGGAAAGCACAUAUUAAUGCCUAUGCAGAUUUCUACAGUUGAUAGCAUUUGUUUCAAUAAAUGGCCUAUUCAUUGUGAUUAUAGAAAAGACUGUAAUUUUGAAUAUGUAAACAUAUUUCUCUUGCUUAGACAGAAGAUACAUCUUUAAACUAAGCUUAUUAAAAGUGGCCAAACCAUUCAAUAAUAACUUAGCAAAUUUCCUUCUGGAUUCAGUAUAAAUGUCAGUAAUAAAAGUACAUAAAAACAAAUGUUUUUGAUCACCUGGGCUCAACAAAUCGAAAACAAGGAAUUUUCUGAUUCCAUUCCUCAUAUCAAGUAGACACAAUUUGGAACAUCAGUAGCCAUAUUCAGAUUAUCAUAUCCUGGAUGAUUGAGCCAAGAUAUGAACAAGACUUGUACCCACAUAGGCAGCUCCUUCAUUCCUCUUUAUGAUGACAUGUUCUCCAUUGGGAUAGGCCAUGAAGGAGGCUUGCCCAGAGGGGAAAUAAUCUGGGAGCAGAAACUGAAGACCCUUAAUGCUAAUUAAAGACUUCCUGGCUUUACUGCAUGGAUGGGUAAAAGGCUUAUGAUAUCUCUGCUUAUUGUUAAUGUAAGAUCAUCCAUAGUGGCCAAUAUGAGAAAUGUUUUAUGCAGGGCAAACCAUGUUAAUACCUGAAAAGAAUGUGGACCGUUUUUUAAAUGAAGAUUAGGAGCAAACUCUUUCCAUCUUUUAGAGAAAUGUUUUCUUAAUUUAGCUAUGAUAAGGUGUGUGUAGUUUUUUUUGCCUGACAUUGAUUUUUUAGAUAUUGUGGAAUGAUCCUAAAUUUGGCAUUGAAAUCCAGUUUCUGGAUUUGAUUCUGCUUUGGUAAUAAGGUAUUAAUCCAUUUUAAGAGGCUUUUAAUACUACAGAAGGAUUCAGAACCUUUUAGCUAUAAAUUUCAAUUCUGUCCUAAUUCAAACUUCUGGCAUAGAAGUCUUUGAUAUCUAUUUUGUGGAAUUUCUAGCUGUUCCGUCUGCAUUGUUCCUCUAAUCUUGGCUCCAUAUGACAAAUUGGGAAAAGAUUUCUGUGUGCCCUACCUGCAGGGGAAUUAAAUUUGGCCAGAUGGCAGGUUUAGCAACCUUUUACUAUGAGAGUGACCCCAAUUGUUAAAGCAAACUGAUUCAAAGAACUGUGAGCAUAAGGAGAAAUGCAUCAAUGCAGUGUAGUGCCACAGUGUAGUGGGGAAUUGGGUUAUUGCAGUCUUCUCCAGUGUGGUGCCUUUCAGAUGUAGUUAGAUUCUCAGCUUGCAUUAUCCCUUAUUUUUGGCUAUGUUGGAUGGAAUAGGUGGAAAUUGAGGCCUAACAUCAUAAGUUGGGGAAUGCUGGAUUACAGUAUUAGAAACAAGAAAUAAGGAAAAUAUAGGAUGCAGCCUAUUAAUUUGAGUAGGCCAUAGAAAGGCUUGAUACUUUGCUUGUGCAAAUGAGGGGAGUCCUUAGGGUCUGGAGUGCUCUUCUGUUAAGUUACAGGGCACAGCCCGCUACAUUAAUGCAUUAGUGCAAAGAUGCACUGCUACGACUACUAACUAGUGAUUUUUAAAAAUGCAUAAUUGGAUGGUAACCUUCGGUAAUGGUAGAAAUGGAGAAAGGAUCUGCACAGUAAAGCUCUGAAUUAUCCCUUUUUGUCUUCAUCAUCCACUGCCAUGCUUCUCCACUUUGACAGUCUGGAGAUGUCAUGGCAGAUACAAGCCAGGACAACCUUUCUGGCUCUUCUGCAUGUCCUUUUCUGUUAACCAUUUCUUUUCUCACUUUCCAUCUCCUAAAAUAGUAAACUGUGGAAUGUUAAGUCCUCCUACACACAGUGUUGCAUGUACUUCCGUGUAACUUUGGAGUCUCCAGCAGCAGUUAAGUGACAUGCACACAUGGAAGUUGGGGUUCUGUCAAGAUUGCUUAGACACAUAUUCACACUUAGGUUGUCAACAUUGUUGUGGAAAACACCUAGUUUACAUACUGUAUUUGUUGUGUGUACCUGCCCUGAGACUAGGAAAUUAAUGCAUCAUAUUUAAUGUUCAAAUCUUCAAAUUGCUUUCUUAGCAAUUCCUUAUGUUGACAGCAACUCUAGGUGCUGGAGGAAAUGUAGAAGAGCAAAGGUGGGCAUACAGUUUAGAAAUAUGAAGAAGUAGAACGUCAAAAAGAUUAUAGGUAGGCACUGGACAAAUGAGAGAAAAUGAAAGAAUUUCAGGCAAGGGGUAGGAUUUACAGGUGGAUUUUCUUCACAUUAUGGUACCUGGCACUUGUAUGCCUUCUUCUAGUAGUAAUAUAUUUUCAUUUCCUUGAGUUGCCAGUAUUUUUACUGGGGCAUAUGGUCAGAAAUGAUGGACUGCUGGGAAAUACAAGAAGUGAAUAAAUAUAAAGAAGUGAGUAAAUAUUACAACAUAAAAUGUUAAGAAAUGUUGAUAGUUUAGAAAUAUUUAAGGUCCUUGGCAUAGUUGUUCCUGCAUUUCUUGGUACAUAUAGAAAAUCAUUAAUAGAGCAGUCAAGUGCAUAUCUGCUCAGAAGUAGGUUUUAUAGUAAAGUGGUAUUUACUGUCAGAUAGAUGUGCCAAGGAUUGCAACUUUAGAAUAUUAAAACACUUUGUGUCAAUAGAAUUCUUUCAUUUUGUAAAGGAGACUUUGCAAUGGCUGUCUGUAGUUAGAUUUCUACAAUACAAGAGCAGUCCUAGAGUGCAGUUAAGAAAGGAGAAGGGGUUUACAUGACUAUAGGAGGUGUGCGUGUAUGGAAAUACACACACACACACACACACGUACGUUGACAAAUGUUAUAGCUCACCCAGUCAUGAAUCUCCAGGACUGGGCAGUUUGAAGACCACUUAAAGCAUCUCUGGCCCAGGGAGAUGCACUUAACCACAUGCAUAAUAUGUGGAUGUUUUCAUUUGAGGCAACCUACACCUUCCAGGCAAGUCCCCAAGCUGCUUUUUAAACUCCCCUAAGCAAUAGAAGAGGGACGCGGGUGGCGCUGUGGGUAAAACCUCAGUGCCUAGGACUUGCCGAUCGUAUGGUCUGCGGUUCGAAUCCCCGCGGCGGGGUGAGCUCCCGUCGUUAGGUCCCAGCUCCUGCCCACCUAGCAGUUCGAAAGCACUCUUAAGUGCAAGUAGAUAAAUAGGGACCCCUUUAUAGCGGGAAGGUAAACAGCGGUUCCGUGUGCUGCGCUGGUGCUGGCUUGCCAGCUGCAGCUUCGUCACGCUGGCCACGUGACCCGGAAGUGUCUUCGGACGGCACCGGCUCACGGCCUCUAGAGCGAGAUGAGCACGCAACCCUAGAGUCGGACACAACUGGCCCGUACAGGCAGGGGUACCUUUUUAAGUAAUAAAAGAGUACAGUUGGGGAGCUACCGAUAAGGAAACUUCUGCUUCACUCUGCACCAUAAAUACUGGCUUGUUGAGAAAAAGUUAUUUUCACUUUUGUUUCAGUCAAAAUAAGAUGGUAAAGCUUGUAAAAAAUUAUUGUGGUUUGGAUGGUUGUGAUGAUGUACUGCAGUGUAGAAGUGUGCGCACACUCUCUUUUUCACUCACACAUGGUGGCCUCCUAAAUCCCUGAUGAUCAUCAUCAUCCAGAGGGGCUUAGGAAGGAAGCAGAAUGUUCUAAAAGUGCUUCUGCAACCUGAUCAAUGGAUGAUUGCUGACCUGAAAAAAGUACAGCAUUUGUACAUUGAAUUCUGAUUACCUGCUUGAGUUUUGCUUUCCUCCCUCUUUCUGUAGUGUAUGGGAAUCCUCCUAGCUUGAUUCUGGUAUAAGCUGUUAUCCGUGCAUAUAUCUUGCAGUCACACCCUUUCCCCUUGUUACUAAUUAUAUUACUUUAUUUUGGGUCACUUUGUAACUGCUUUUAAAACUAGCUUUUCUGGGAAGCUGUGUAGUCUUCUUUCUCCCUCCCACUCUCACAAAACAUUGUAGUCUUCCCUUCAGCCCUGUACAAAGUGACUACAGUGGUGCCUCGCAAGACGAAAUUAAUUCGUUCUGCGAAUUUUUUCGUCUAGCGAAUUUUUCGUCUUGCGAAGCACGAAAUCCCAUAGGAAUGCAUUGAAAAUCAAUUAAUGCGUUCCUAUGGUCAAAAAAAGUCCAAACAAAGCCAAAUUUGGUACAACAAGAGUUUAUUAAGUGCUCUUUAAAGUCACACAUACUGUAAAGAGCAUUUCAAAAUUCAAACCCAGAAAUUUUUAAAAAACAGCAGAGUUGCCCAAUGGUCACAGAAAAUCAUAAAAAUGCAGGAAAAAAAACACAAGCUUCCAGAUUCUUGCAAACCCCUCCCCAACUGUUCCUCCAGCCACCCAGCACACAGAAAUUCAAAUCCAGAAUUUUUUUAAAAAAACAGAGUGGCCCAAUGGUCACAGAAAAUCAUAAAAAUGCAGAAAAAAACACACAAGCUUCCAGAUUCUUGCAAACCCCUCCCCAACACUAAGUCCUUGAAUUCCAAACACUCCAACCCAAGAUCCAAAACCCCCCAAAAAAGUUUUAAAAGCUUAACUUACCAAAUGGUUGCAAAAGAAGUUUUGGAAAAGCUUCAAAAAUCACCAAAGUCUUUAAAAACCUCAAAAAAGGCUACUAUGUACACUGCGUUCUAUGAGUUGCUCCUCGAAGUCAAGUCGCAACUGUAUUAACAGUGUUAAGAAAAAGGAAACAAAUUUGCAAGAUGUUUUCGUCUUGCGAAGCAAGCCCAUAGGGAAAUUCGUCUUGCGAAGCAGCUCAAAAAACGGAAAACCCUUUCGUCUAGCGAGUUUUCUGUCUUGCGAGGCAUUCGUCUUGCGGGGCACCACUGUAUACUCAUGCAACAGUGGUGUGUCAUCUGACAUCACAUCUACAAAGCUAGGAUUGCUAUACAGAAAUUCACUGAGAACAAAAAUAGGCUAGCAACCCAGUCCUAACAUAUACAGAGCUGUAUCUGCCCACAGUGUUGACAUAAUGAUCAUUGUAAUGCCAUUUUUACAUUUGCGGUUUAACGUGUCGCAUUGGCUCAGUUUGCAGUUGACACUAAGCUAAAACACAGCUUAGCAUGAAUGAGUAAGGCCUUGGAUAGGAGAUCAGGUUCACUUUACUCCCCCAGUUCUACUGCUCUCCUGUGAAAUAAGCCACAGUGGGGACAUCUCUGCCCCACAGACCUAAUCAGACCCACUGAGCUUCCACAUUUGGCCCACUAGGCCGUUUUGGUUAAGCCAUGCUCACAUGUCCUACCCCUGAUGUCAUCUGUAGCAUGAAGUGUGUGGCAGGUAAAGGUACAGCUCUUUGCUGAAAUUGGGUUUGUAGGCACCACUGGUCAGCAGCACUUGCAAAGCCCUAUGCCUUUGAAACCACUGACACGCAACUGAUCAGUGGAGCUUGCACUGAGCCUUUGUUCACAUGGUUUGAUGUCAGACCAUGUGGGCAAAGGAAAAUGCCACAUGAAGGGUGAGGGAGGUUCGCAUCUGACCCACUGACUAGCUCUAGUUCCCCAUCUGAACCUAGACUCAAUGGUUUGUCUGGAGUGAGACAAACUAUGAACCCUGGUUCAAAUUACACACUAAGCCAAGCCAUAAAAAAGCUCAGAGCAGCACAGCAGGACAGGGAGCAGCAAAGCAGCAGAAAUAUCUUUUCCAGGAACUUCCACAUUUGCAAUAAGCCAAUGGCUUACAGUUGUGUGUGGUCCUGGUCUUUGACUAGCUCUUGAUACAUUCCAACUUAGGUAUUUAUGUAGAAAACUUGGGACUGGAUAGUCAGUAUGUUCCACUAAUUUGCAGUGUGUUGAUCUUGUGAGGGGCCAGGGUACUCCAAACUAUAGUCUCAAGGUCUUUCACUUUCUAAAGUUAUAGGAGAGGGAGGAGCACAUUGAUAUUUCUUACAGAACUAAAUGUAAGCCUUUGUGUAGGGUAGGGUUUUUUUAAGUGCCCAAAAUUCCAUUGGUAAAAGGAGAUGAACCUAUACAUAACAUGCAGUGAACAUACCGUAUUUUUCGCUCCAUAGGACGCACUUUUUCCCCUCCAAAAAUGAAGGGGAAAUGUGUGUGCGUCCUAUGGAGCGAAUGCAGGCUUUCGCUGAAGCCUGGAGAGCGAGAGGCAUCGGUGCGCACCGACCCCUCUCGCUCUCCAGGCUUCAGGAAACUAUCCGCAAGCCUUGCAAGCCCGGUAGGAGUUCCCGCGGGCUCACAAGGCUUGCAGGCAGCAGCCUGCAGCCCCGGCGAGUGUCCGCAAGCCUUGCGCGCCCGGCAGGAGGUCCCGCCGAGCGCGCGAGGCUUGGGGCAGCAGCCUGUCGCCCGAAGCACGGGGAGCCCUCCGGAGGGCUCCCGUGCUCGGGCGAGUGUCUGCAAGCCUUGCGCGCCCGGCAGGAGGUCCCGCCGGCGCGCGAGGCUCGGGCGGCAGCCUGCAGCCCGAAGCAUGCGAGGCUUGGGGCGGCAGCCGCGGCGGGGGGGGGGGAAUAAUUUUUUUUAUUCAUUUCCCCCCCAAAAAACCGAGGUGCGUCCUAUGGGCCGGUGCGCCCUAUAGAAGGAAAAAUACGGUAAUAGGCUGCUUUAUCUUACCCAUUUCUGUCUGCUCUGACAGGUGGUAGUUUUUUGAGGUCUCAGGCAAAGAUCUGCUACCUGUGUUCAUUUAAAUUGAGGCAGUAUGAAUGUGGCUAUUGUACACAAAGCUCAUGCUCUUUCACUUAGAUAUAAGUUCUUUGUUGUAUAUUUACAUCCUUUUCUCAGGUGUGGCAAUUGCAAUAUAAUGUUCCUAAACUCAGGGUUCAUUCUGUAUAAUUGUAUUAUGCAGUGACUUCAUUAAAAAUCUCUCUUUUUAAUCACUAGCUUUAUAAUCAAACCUUCAAUUCAUCUGUUUUCUGUUUCUUGAAAAAAGUAUUUUCAAUCCAUUGCAAAGUGUUAUUUAAAAAAAGGGGGGGCAGCAAAUUCCUUAUGUCAACGGCGGGUAUGCAGCUCUUGCCCUAGUUGCAAAAGCAUUCUGCAAGCUCUCAGUUCAGACCUUUGACAACAACAAUCAGACCAUCUGCUGGCAGCCCAUUGAGCUGUCAGGGAGCCGGGAGAGAAGCUUGGCCUUACCUACAGUUGACUUGUGGCCCCUUUAGGUUACCUCAUGGUAAAGCAGCCCUCAACAGAAGAAAAGGUUUCCCCUCCCCACCUUAUAUAAUAAAACCUUAAGAAUUUUAUUCAUAGCUGUAGCGUAUGAGCACUUAAUAGGAAAUUAUAGGUGUAACUUCUCAUUUACAUGUGUGUGCCAUUAAAUUUGCUUACCAUUUCUUGGGCAUCAACGUUCUUUUUGCUGCAAUAGUAUGUGUGUGUGGGUUUUUAUUGUUUGAUCUGGCUAUUUUUCCUGCUACAAUUGAGUUAAUAAAUUUUCCCCUGUGUUGCACAAUUUAUUUGAGAUUGCUGGAUUUUAUUCUUUUGUUGUUUCAGAUGUCUGGAAUGUGCUUCACCUGUUUUUCAAAUGUAAACUUUUGAGGGAAAAGCUGGAUUUCAAAUUACCCUAACAGAUCAGUGUGUCUUUCAUUUAUAUUAGCUGAUUUUUACCUAAUUGUUGGCAUGUAACUCUCUCUCCUGUAGCCUCAAGUACUACAGCCUUCCAGCCACCUUCCCAGUUUCACAGACCUCGCCCAGGGAAAAUUAAUAAAAACGUCACUCAUCGGGGCCCACAAUGAACCAACAGAAGACCAAAAGAAAAGUGCUGGCCAUGAAUCUCAAAAUGCUGCAGAUGGCUCCUUCACCAAUAGCCUAAAUGAACUGAGCACUUUAAAUACACAGUUAAAUGUAAGAAAGUCAGAGGAGAAUGCACAUUCCACCAAGAAUGUAAAAGUUAGAGAGAAACCUAAAGAACUGUCUGGUAGAAAAUUUAAUACGCUACAUUCGCAUCCCUCUUCUCACUCAUCUUCCCAAGUAAAUGCUCAAGAAGUGCAGACCAAAUUAGUUCUAAAAAACAAUUGCUCACGGACAAACCAGGCUUCAGCGCCAAAGAGUUCAAGAGCCACCAAGACUCCGAAGCAGAAUGCUUUAGUGCCUCCUCCAGUAACGGUUGCAGCAGCAUCUGCAGAUGGCUCUUCUGCUUCAAAGGAGCCUGAACAGCUGCCGCCAAGCUACCCAACACAACUGCAGCUGGCAUCAAGUCAGUCUGACCUGAGUCAUAAGAGCCAGAAAAUCUCAAAGCUUCGUCCUCCAACGAUUUCCUUUAGGCCCAAGCAAAUGACAAAUCCAAAAAUCAUGCCUCCUGAAUCUCAGAAUACCUGGUCAAAGACAAACCACUCAAGGCAACUAAUACAAGCAAAAGAAAAUAUGCAGAAUCAAGAUUCAAACAUUCAUUCUGGUGACUGUGUGGCUCCUAAUCGGCAUUCCCGCCUCCCUAAACCAAAGACAUAA